UACGUGAUCAAGAAGCUGAACCUGAGAACAUCCUCCAGACGCGAACGGCGAGCCGCGGAGCAGGAAGCACAGCUCCUCUCACAACUCAAGCAUCCCAACAUCGUCACAUACCGGGAAUCAUGGGAAGGCGAGGACUGUCAGCUUUACAUCGUGAUGGGAUUCUGUGAGGGAGGAGAUCUUUACCACAGACUCAAACAGCAGAAGGGAGAACUGCUUCCUGAGAGACAAGUUGUGGAGUGGUUUGUUCAGAUUGCCAUGGCCCUCCAGUAUUUACAUGAGAAGCACAUUCUGCAUCGAGAUCUGAAAACGCAGAAUAUCUUCUUGACCAAGACCGAUAUAAUCAAAGUGGGUGAUCUGGGCAUCGCGCGGGUCCUGGAGAGUCAGAACGACAUGGCCAGCACUCUGAUCGGCACACCUUACUACAUGAGUCCAGAACU